AUGUGUGCUUUGCAGAGGAUUCCGGCUUUGCUGUUACUGAUCUUCACCACUAUUUUGGUGUCUGAGUCGAGAUGUACGGAUAGGAAUCAAAUGACACAGAACAGUUCAUCAUUUAUAGCAGAAGUUAACACUACACUGUCUGUGCAGAUGGGUACAAAGGCUCUGCUCUGCUGCCCUGCUAUUCCAUUGACAAAAGCAAUAUUAAUAACAUGGACAAUAGCCCCCAGAGGCCAGCCUUCCUCCAGAAUAGCCUAUAAAGUAGACACAAAGGAGACUCAUGAAACCAACUGUACUGACAAGAGAAUCACCUGGGCUUCCACACCUGACCAGAAUUCUGACCUUCAGAUCAAUGAAGUGGCCCUGGAACAUGAUGGGUAUUACUCAUGUGAGAUAGGAGCAACUGAAAUGAAUUUACUAGAAAGAUAUGACCUGAAAGUGCUAGUCCCCCCUGAAGUAACCCUGGUUUUUGGGGGAAAUCGAACUGCAGCAUGUGAAGCAAUUGCAGGGAAGCCAGCUGCACAGAUCUUUUGGACUCCACAUGGAAAUUGUGCCACUAAGAAUACAUCACACAGCAAUGGCACUGUGACAGUUAGGAGCACAUGCUACUGGGAGCAGGACAAUGUGUCUGCUGUGGUCUGCUUUGUCUCCCAUUCAGCUGGCAACCACAGUCUGUCCCUAGAAAUGAAUGGACCUAGUGAAUCCCAGCAGUCCUUGCUGACCAUUCUCUAUGUGAAACUUGGCCUCUUGGGAAUUACUCUGCUCACUGUAGGAUUUGCUUUCUGCUGGAAGCAAAGUGAUUUCAGGUAGUAACUGAAAACUGAAAUGUAAAGACUCACUAGUAAGAAAACAUUGUCCUAAGUUGAAGUUCACAGUGGACUGGGAAAGUAUGCUAUGUGGCUCUGACA